CACUCGAUGUGUCGUUAGGUCGAGAAAGGACAGUCGGCUGCCCAACCACACUCAACUCUUAGAAUCUCAAAAACUGUAGCUAAAAAUACCAAAAAUGCCUCGUUCUUUCCUACUCAAGAGAUUUACAAGACCAAUCGAAUGUCCCGAAGAAGGCAAAACCCACUCUUUUGAUGAAAAAGGAAGCCUUGACUAUAAAGACACCAAUGUCAAUACAAUUGAACAUCAAGCGUCAAUGGGAUGGGAAUCUCGAUCAAACAUUGCCAACAUACUGCGCGUUGGAAUGGAAUGGAACCAGCCUCGCUACCCAAACCUCAACGACCAACCAAACCACCGAGAUUUUGCUCACCGCGUGAUUUAUCAUGAUAUCACAAAAGAAGCACGAUUGAAUACUGAUGAGAGCGCUGAAAACAACAUCAAAGCGAAGCCAGAACCCCAUAAAAAACAGACGUACAAAUGYAGYCAGUGCGGGAAAGUAUUCAAGACAAAGUACACACUGACAAUCCACCUCAAGAUGCCUUCCCACACUGGCGCCAGACCGUUCGUAUGUGCAGUCUGCGGCAAAGGGUUUCGCCUUUCUAGCACGUUAUGCAGACACAAAAUUAUCCAUACAUCCCACAAACCUCAUCGCUGUCAGACAUGCGGUAAAGCAUUCAACCGUUCUUCCACCUUGAAAACCCACCAGAGAACACACAGCAAUGUGAAAGAGUUCACUUGUGAAAUUUGUGGCAAAGGAUUUCAUCAAAAAGGYAAUUUACGCAACCAUUUGCUGAUCCACUCAGGGGAAAAGCCCUACAAAUGCAGCCUUUGYAAGAAAGCGUUCAAUAAGUURUCAAACUUGAAGUUCCAUAUGCAUGUACACACGGAUAACAAGCCAUAYCGAUGCAGGUAYUGUAAAGAGAGCUUUUCGCGCCGUUGUGAGCUGAAAGAACAUCUCUCCAUUUGUAGCCACAACGUGGUUGAGAAUUCUUGACUUAAAGUGCACKUCAUUAUAGUGAAAACUUUGUACUGGUACAGUAUAUAGAAUCGUAUGUACAGACUCAGGAACAUAUAACGACACUGGCUCAAUGGCAGAACUAAWGGCAACCACUUCGCCGACCGGCAAAAAUAAAYAAAAACAGCCUUAGAUAUAACGCUUCAUUCGUAGGCAAUACUAGAAUUAUUUAUGUCAAACCAGAUUGUCGAGGAUAAGUAGUAAAUGUGGUCAAUWGUUAAGGAUUUUAGGCUAAAUAAAGUUUAAUAACAAAUAAUGCAAACUGUGAAUCCAUUUUAGUUGGUCUUUUUAUGGUAUCUAAUUUAGAAACCUCGCACCUCACGCUCACUACGAACAGCGGACUUCAAUUAUUGAUCAAUGUAUGUAUACCUUUUAUAAUUUUUACUAUUUCAGGCUUGAGCGGUACAACAUUG